CUUCGCAGCUUUGUUGUAGAUCAUAUACACAAUAAAAAUUUGAUCUGUGCUCAUAGCUAACACAUGUUCGUUAUCAGUUACGAUAACGGUGACGUUAUCAGACGUUACUCUUUAAACAACAGAAAAAAAACAAUAUCGAGCGAAACGAUAUUAUUAUUUAUUACAUCCAAUUCGAUUUCGUAAUACUAUUUCAAUAGUUUAAUAUAUACCGUCUCAAUCACUACACAGUUUGCGUUAAUGACUGCAGCAUACUGAACAAAAAUUACACAUCUCAAACAUUUCCUGAUGUCAUUUCUAUGUCAAGGACACUGGUGGUUGUCCACAGCUGCCAAAUAUAUUGUCAACCGACUUACUUUAACGUUCAUUGCAUGAAUGAUGGAAUACGAGAAAUACCUCCGAUCACUUCGGCGUGCAUGAUGGCACACGAUAUACAGAAACAUGACUCCAACUCUACAAACGUGUUGCAUAGUUUGGCGGCAGGCGCCAUUGCUGGUGCUUUAGCCAAGAGUACAAUUGCUCCAUUAGAUAGGACUAAAAUCAAUUUUCAAAUAUCUCAAGAACCAUAUUCAGGUAGAGCUGCGUUUAAAUUUUUGUCUGAUACUUAUGCAAAGGAUGGUUUUAUAUGGUUAUGGCGAGGCAAUACAGCUACCAUGACCAGAAUUAUCCCAUAUGCAGCCAUCCAAUUUACAGCGUUUGAACAAUGGCGAAAAUUGCUAGAGGUUGAUUCUCUAAGCACAAAAAAUAAUGGAGGUCUUAAGUUUCUUUCUGGAUCCUUAGCUGGAGUAACAUCACAAACAUUAACUUAUCCUUUAGACUUGGCAAGAGCAAGAAUGGCAGUUUCUACCAAAAAUGAUUAUAAAUCGUUGGGAGAUGUGUUCAAAAAGACUUUUAAAGUUGAAGGGAUAAAAGGCUUUUAUCGAGGCUAUGUACCAACAAUACUAGGCAUUAUACCUUAUGCAGGUACAAGUUUUUUUACAUAUGGAUCGUUAAAGUCAUUUAUGAAAGAAAAACAUGGAUAUGAAAAUACGGUUGUGAAUUUAGCAUGUGGUGCAGUAGCAGGUAUGGCUGGUCAAUCAUCAUCAUAUCCUCUAGACAUUAUAAGACGAAAGAUGCAAACAUCAAUUAUUACUGGAAUAAAUUACACAAACCUAAGAACUACAUUUAUAAUGAUUUACAAAACUGAAGGCAUUAGACAGGGCUUUUUCAAGGGUCUAAGUAUGAAUUGGAUUAAAGGACCGAUUGCUACCGGAAUUAGUUUUGCUACAUACGAUUUUGUAAGGAAAACUUUAAAGAACAUUUGAAGUUUUCAAUAUUUUUUUCACCAUUAAUGUGCCUAAUUUAAUUAUAUUGUUACCAUUAGAUUGUAUUGAUUUUAUUUCUGUUUGAAGCCAUUAAUUGUGUAUGAACUGUAAUAUCUAGUCAAAUAAUUUUAAUUUUGAUGAGCAAGUUUAUAACACCACUAUACUUAUCAUAAAAUAUACUAAACAUUUAAAAAAUGUAUAUAAAUACCAAUAUCAGCAAUAUUGCUAAUAAUUUUUGUUAUUGUUUUAAAAAAAUGUUAUGAAUAUUAUGUUAGUGUUGAAUAAUAAUUACAAGAAAUGUAUUGCUUAGGUUGAAUGUACUGUUUUAAAACUUUAAAGUGUAUUAUUUGUUAUUUCCACAAUUAUUUAAUUAUGUUAACGAUUGGAAGGAAUAAUUCAAAAAUAUAGCUAUAUAAACAAAUUGACAUAUAUAAUGUAUAAAUAUUUAAAUCAUCAGUAUUUAUUGGCAGAAAAAUUAAUUUGUAUGUAGAGUAUUAUUUCAUUUAAACAAUUGAUUUUUUUCUGUAAAUAUUGUUAUUUAUACUUAAACUUGGAAGUUGUUACACUAGAAAGUUAAGUUUUAUUUAAUGAAUUGAAAUUAAAUAAGUACAUUUUACCAUAUUGUAGUGUAAUAGUUUCAAAAAUCAGUAAUUGACUAAUGUACAAUGUUCUUCCUAAAUAAUUAAAUUGAAGAUAAGAUAGUUGGAAGAAUGGAUUACUAGAACAUUUUUUCUCAAUCUUUUAAAAUUAACCAUAAUUUAAGAUGUUUAGAUAUUUCAACAUGGUGUUUGACUAUAAAUAUUUAAUUUUCAGUACCAUUUUUGGAAGACCUCUCCCAACACUAAUUAAAGUUUAUUAAACUAUAAAAGAUAGUUUUUUUUAAUGAUCAAAUUUUUUGUUGUAAUUGUUUUUCUUUUUUAAUACUUUACCUUAUUUAUAAUUAGAAUCUGAAAUUUUUAUUUAAUAAAUAAGUUCUAGGGAAAUCCAAUAAAAAAUAAUAUUAAUGUUUUAUCAUUGUAAAUACUAUUGUACAUGUUAAUUAAAAUGUUAUUGUAUUUAAAAAUUGUUGACAAUAAUAUGUUGUAAUUUGUAGUAAUAGUUACUAAUUAGUGAUACAUACUAGAUAAAUUAUUUGAAAAUAUUUAUUCUUUGCAUUCUUGAGCUAAUGUAUUCAUUUGAUUGCUAACAUCACUGAACUCUGAAAAUAAUAACAAAUAAUUAAUAUUUUAACGGACAAUAAUUUAAUGUGUAUAAAUGUAGUUUUAAAGACUGAUUAAAACUGUAUAAUUUUUGACAAUA